AUGAGUAACGACAAGCCGGUUGUCGAGAACAUCGACAACAUCAACGCAAACAUGGGCCAGACGAUAUCUUCGGAGUUCAAGAGGCCGGACCUGGAGAAGAGCCAUCCGGAGGAGUUCGUGUACGAUCGGGCCGCCGAGCGGAAGCUCCGACUCAAAAUCGACCUGGCCAUCGUCCCGACCGUCAGCCUGCUGUACCUUUUUUGCUUCAUCGACAGAGCCAACAUCGGCAAUGCCCGUAUCGCUGGCUUCGAGACAGACCUGGGCAUGAAAGGCUACGAUUACAACGGCACGCUAUCCGUCUUCUACAUCUCCUACAUCAUUUUCGAAAUUCCCUCAAACAUUCUCUGCAAGCUCGUCGGCCCAGGAUGGUUUAUCCCGCUCAUCACGCUGCUCUUUGGCAUCUGCUCUCUCGGCACAGCCUUUGUGCACACAGUCCCCCAGGCGAUGGGCGUCCGUUUCCUUCUCGGAAUCUUUGAAGCAGGCAUGAUGCCGGGUAUCGCCUACUACCUCUCCCGCUGGUACCGCCGCUCCGAGCUGGCCUUCCGCCUCUCCCUCUACAUCGUCAUGGCCCCCCUCGCCGGCGCCUUUGGCGGCCUCCUCGCCUCCGCCAUCCUCCGCCUCCCGCACUUCGGCGGCCUGCACACCUGGCGCAUGAUCUUCGCCAUCGAGGGCAUCAUCACCAUCGGCCUCGGCCUCCUAGGCUUCAUCACCCUGACCGACCGCCCUGCCUCCGCCCGCUGGCUCACCGCCGCCGAGAAGGAGCUCGCCGAGGCCCGCGUCCGCUCCGAGCGCGUCGGCCAGGCGCACCUCCUCGACAAGAUGGACACCCGCAAGCUGCGCCGCGGCAUCUUCAACCCCGUCGUGCUCUCCACCGCCUUCGUCUUCCUGCUCAAUAACGUCACCGUCCAGGGGCUCGCCUUCUUCCUCCCCACCAUCGUCAAGGGCAUCUUCCCGGGCUCCUCCGUCGAGCGCCAGCAGCUCUUCACAGUCCCGCCCUACGUCGUCGGCGCCUUCUUCACGGUGCUCUUGCCCUGGCUCAGCUGGCGCAUGGACCGCCGCCAGAUCUUCUUCAUCUGCUCCUGCCCGCUCGCCAUGGUCGGCUACAUCCUCUUCCUCGCCAGCCACGAGCUCAAGGUGCGCUACGGCGCCACAUUCCUCAUCACCUCGUCGGUCUUCGCGCUCGGCGCGCUCACGAACGCGCAGGCGUCGGCGAACGUCGUCUCCGACACGGCGCGCAGCGCGGCCAUCGGCACGAACGUGAUGCUGGGCAACUGCGGCGGGCUCGUUAGCACGUGGGCGUUCCUGCCGUGGGAUGCGCCGGACUACAAGAUUGGCAACGGGCUCAACCUGGCGACGAUCAGCACGAUUUUGGUGCUGUCGACGGUGACGCUGAUCUGGAUGAACCGGGACAACCGCCGGCGCGAGGGGCGGGUUGCGGAGGAGGAGCUGAGCGGCGUUUCGUCCGAGGAGGAGAAUGAUUUGGACUGGAAGCAUCCGUCGUUCAGAUGGCGGCCGUAG